AAGAGUAUCCGCUGAAGCAGGGGUCUUUAAGGUCUACCCGGGCAAGGACCCUUCGACUGAUGGGCAGACGGUCCUAAAGCCGGAUAUAAAUGUACAUUAAAUUAAAUCAGCAAAAAAAAAAAAAAACCUUCGCCUGCCCUCUGUUGAGUAAACACGCAAAACAAGAUCAGACUUUUGUGUAUAUAUUCUUUAAUUUUGACGAGUUGGACACGCGGCGCCGUGGCUUAGUUGGUUAAAGCGCCUGUCUAGUAAACAGGAGAUCCUGGGUUCGAAUCCCAGCGGUGCCUUUUGGCGGGGUUUUUUUUAAAACAUUUUUUUCACACAGAACUGAUGUGAUUAAUAUACUCGCAGGUGUGUCAUUCAGUUUAGUUUUCCGGCAACAUGCUACGCGCUACUGUGACGUAAGACAUUAUAAUAUGAGAAAAAGCGCUCCAGGCCAGCAAUUUGCACUACAUCUAUUUGACCACAAGAGUACGCCACUGCUCUAUCUACCGGGUGAAACGUUUCAGAGACGACAAUAGAGCCUGCGCAAACUGUUGUAAACUGAAGUGAUUAUUAAAUCUGCAUCGAUGUUUUUUCUUUUGCUUGUUAUAGUUAAAAUAAUCGAGGUGAUUAUCGGCGCCAACAUUAUCACAUUAUUUUGUACACUGUCGACAUAUUCAAUAUAAGCUGGUGUAGUGAGAAAUAUGUGAGAUAAUGAUGCGGAUUAAUUAUCACAACAAAAAAUAAAAUAUUAUACAGACAGCCCGGAAAUCUAAUUUCUGUCUAUAAAAUAAAAUACUCCACUUCAUCGCUGCCGUGAAGCCUCGUGCUUCAACCCAAGUAAGAUAAAUAAUUCUAAAGUCGUUUAAAAACAUAUGUAUUUUCAGUUUCUUCUUCAAAAGGCCGUCGCGACUUUCCCACAAAUCAACUUCAGUCGUAGGGUUUAAGCGGUUUGCCGUGCUUUUAUUUUGAAGCCAGUGACAGGAAACUCUGAUGCGCCUUUUUUUCUUUCAACUUAACUCCGGUGUUAUGGUUUUCCCCGAGGCUGAAAAGGAAGACACAAUGGCUUUCCGCGGCGAGGAAAAAGCUUAUAUGUGCAGGGUGGUACUGAAAUGAAGACAGUCACACAUGUCAAGCAUACAGUGGAGACUGUGGCCGAGAUAAGAGCGCACGUCCCCGGCCGUGGACCAUGGGACUGACGCCGCUGCCGCCGCUGCUGCUGCUGCCGGUUUUGGCUCCGCUGUGGUUUGGCUCCGCGCUGCUCUGUGCAGGCUGCAGUGAGCAGGUGGAGGUCCACACGGAGCGCAGGGGCGUCAUCUACAGCCCCUCCUGGCCUUUAAACUACCCUGCUGGAGUCAACUGCAGCUGGCACAUCCAGGGAAGUCAGGGAGAGGUCAUCACCAUCAGUUUCCGUAACUUUGACCUGGUGGAGUCAGAGAGUUGUUUGGGAGACUGGCUCAUGCUGACUCCGGUGAAGAAUGGAGACUUCAGGCUCUGUGGCUCAAUACUGCCGCCGCCUGUUAUCUCCACCAGGGGGCGUAUGUGGCUGUACUUCCAUUCUCAGGCCAACAGCUCUGGGCAAGCUCAGGGCUUCCGUCUCUCAUACAUCCGAGGUCACCUGGGUCAGAGCAGCUGUCAGCAGGAUGAGUUCCUGUGUGGCAAUGGCAAGUGUCUUCCUCGCUCGUGGAAGUGCAACGGUCAGGAUGAAUGUGGCGACGGAACCGACGAACGCACGUGUUCCCCUCCCCCCACCGAGGCUCGUCCUGGCCGCUGUCCCAUUGGGUCGCUGCCGUGCACCGAAGCCCUGUCAACCCGCUGUCUUCCCGCGACCCUGCGCUGCAACGGAGCCCGGGAUUGCCCCGACGGCACCGAUGAGUCCAGUUGCCCCGACACCACCUGUGGCAAACGUCUGGGCAACUUCUACGGUUCCUUUGCUUCACCGGAUUUCUUCCGACCUAACCACAGUGCUGCCACGGAGCUCAGGUGCUCCUGGCUGCUGGACACGCAGGACCCCAAACCCAUUAUGCUGCAGGUGGACCUGCAGCUGGGGCCGGGGGAUUCGCUUCACGUCUACGACGGCCUCCUGCAGCAGGCCGAGCAUCUGCUGCAGGUGCUGUCGCAUCACAACAACAGACACAUGGUGCUGCUGGAGUCCAGCAGGGGGCAGAUGAGUGUGCUGUACAAGGCGAAGCCACACAGCCCUGGACAUGGCUUCAACGCCACCUACCAGGUCAAAGGUUACUGUUUUCCUGGUGAGCAUCCCUGCGGCAGUGACCAGGGCUGUUACUCUGAACGCCAACGCUGCGACGGCUACUGGCACUGCCCCUCCGGCCGCGAUGAGGAGGCCUGUCCUGGCUGCCCUGACGGCGAGUUUCCCUGUGAAGGCGUUGCAGGAAUAUGCUACCCAGCCUCGGAGCGCUGCAACAACCAGAAGAGAUGCCCAGAUGGGUCGGAUGAAAAAAACUGCUACGACUGCCAACCCGGGAACUUCCACUGUGGGACGAAUCUUUGCAUCUUUGAGACGUGGCGGUGUGACGGACAGGAGGACUGCUUGGACGGCAGCGACGAGAGAGACUGUCUGGCCGCGAUACCCAGGAAGGUCAUCACUGCCGCCCUGAUCGGCAGUUUGGUCUGUAGUCUGCUGCUGGUCAUCGCCCUGGGCUGCGCCCUCAAACUGCACUCACUCAGGAGCCGGGAGUACAGGGCUUUUGAGACACAGAUGACUCGCAUGGAGGCGGAGUUUGUUCAGAGAGAGGCCCCUCCCUCCUACGGUCAGUUGAUAGCCCAGGGCCUCAUCCCUCCUGUAGAGGACUUCCCAGUUUACAACCCCAACCAGGUCUCCAUGUUACAGAACUUGCGACUGGCCAUGCGCAGACAGAUGAGACGCCACACAACACGGCGCACGUCCUCUUCCUCUUCUUCUUCCUCCUCGUUUGAACGGCACCUGGGGCAUCUGUGGAGUCGCCUGUCUCGGACUGGAGGCAGAGUCAGAGGCCACGCCCCGUUGCAAGAUCCCCCGGGUCCUACUCAGAUCAUCCUGGGGCUCCACAGCUACCAUUCCAUGGGGGAGAUGGGUGCUCAGGCUAGGAGUUGUGGUCAGAUCCAGAAUGAAGCCGACAGCGUUGGUAUCGCAGGCUGCAGAUUCUCAGACUCCAUGAACCUGCAGCCCUGUACACCAGAGAGCCCCGCGUCUCCUCUCUCCUCACAGUCAGCCGACAGUCCAGAGGACGAGGAGCUUUCUCCUGUCAGAAGGGGAGCGUCCAGGACUCAACAACUUCCGCCUCCCACUGCUGGUCUCACCGUCUCCUCAGCCCACAGUGGACAUCUCACAACGUUACACGAAACCUCAGUGCCCACGUCUCGAAAGCUAGUUUUUGAGCUCGCAGUUAACUGCAAAGGUGUGUCGUUGAGACGGUACUCCCCCGUUGGACCUUUGUCUCCUGUCUCACCUCCUGUGUUUCCUGGUAGCUCUCAAACUCCGUUAACACAUUCACAUCCACAGAGUCCAGGGGUGACUUCACCGACGGAGUCUUUGUCUUCUUUUUCUUCCUCGUCUUCUUCCUCUGUGAAGACAGAGGACAGUCAUCUUAAUAACAAAGUGCCAAGAAGGAAAAACAGGAAGGUUAGAAAGAGGGAUGAAAAGAAAAGGCUCUCGUCCUGCGGCAGGACUCUCUGCGAUGAGAGGGGAGACUCAGGGAGGGAGGACACUCCAUCCUGAUGACUUCAGGAAGGACACUCCACAUUCUUUCAACCUUGAUACGGCCUGGUGUUAAUAAAAUCAGUUCAGCUAAAGUGUCCUUGAAAAGUGCCCACAACUCAUCGACAGGUCAGACCUGAACCCUAGUUGGACACAUGGAGGAGCUGCAGUCUCAGAUUUAAUAAAAACUAACAAAAACAAACAUCCCUUCUAUAUUUUGAAUGCUUAAAAACUGGCUUAAAAAUAAAAAAGUAAAUCAGUGCCUACUUUACUAAAAAAGCUCCUGAGUCUUCAUCUAAACUACUGGACUUUUGCUCAAUUUUUAUUUUUUUUGCUUUUUUUUAUGUGGUUAUUUGAAUCAUAUUUAAAUUACAACAGCAAUUAGUCUCCAGUCUGGAGACUUCUACACUUUUUGAAGCACAGACCACUGGGAGUCCCAGCGAAACUAUGCUAGCAUGCUAGCUAACCACCUCAACUGUGUUUUAACGAUGACCCUCGCUCGCUCAGGCAUCGAGUUCUUAUGUCUGUCUCACGUCAAUGGUGGAAAAAGUCUGAUGUCAUUCAGACUGAGGUGUCAUUUAAAAACUGCUGACACACGUCUGAUUCAUGACAACAUUAGAGUGUCCUGGACCGGAUUUGAAAAGUCAUCAGAGUUGUGCCGUUCACACCAUUAUUACAAAACAAAAUCAGAUUGGGAGAAGGAAUUGGAUGUGGGCCAGUUUGGGCUGCAGUCUGAACACACCCUUAAGUAACACAGCUAAUUACUGCAGUGCUCGUGCGUAAUAAAUCUCACUGUGUAGUUUCCUGGUAAUACUGUUGGGACAAACACUUGUGUCGAUGGAGGCAACACUCAUUUCUGGACGUCACUAUGGAAACAACAGCGGCAAAAUGGUUGCCAAAGCAGUUCUGUGUUGUUGUUACUCAGAGCCAUGAGAAACCGUCAUUUACUGUGAACCUCAGAGCCUCUGCAGCGAUCACUCGUCCGACCUGAUGUUUUUAUCGUUAUUCGGAUCAAUCAGCCACCUUUCCGGACUGUUCUAAAUGGAUGGAUGGAUGGGUGUCACUUUGACUUUUUUAUGUUAACCGUAUUUUUGUUAUCAACCAAAUCUACCAACAGAAGCUCAUUACUGCUGUUCAACAGGUCGUUGUACUCUGUAUAUUAUUAUACAGAGGUUUACUGUUUAAACCAACACUGUUGAAGUCUAUACAGUAAUAUAGUAUAUACCAUCACUACAAUGAACAUAAUGAACUGGCUUUUUUUUUUCUUUUUUGUCUUUGUACCUUUGUUUGUGCACCUGGUACUACUGUUCAAAUGUGAAAGUACAGUAGAUUUCUGCUUGAAUUUAUUCUAGCUUACGUUCUGUCUUUACAUCUUUUCUUUUUGAUAUUUUAAAUUUAAUUAUUUUUCUUGGCUUCUUCAUAUCAGCGUCAACAUUCAGCUACUGUACAGAUUUACCCAGCAGCGCUGCGGACAGUGAAACCUAAUGUUGCCCAAAAUCUCUUCAGGUUUUGCUGUCAGAUUAUAACUUCAAGUUACAACAUACGGUCAAAAAUAUUCUUCAACAUAAACGUCAAAUAAACCCACAUUCACGUAGCUGUAGCAAACGCCACAAAACAUCGAAUGAUAACUAAAGAAAAAUCGAAAUUAAAUAAACAAACUAGCAGGUAAACCACUAAAAGUUCUCAACGGUCUCUGUGUAACUUACGGAGCUAACAAGUGCUACUUCCGGUUUUUUAGUCAUUUCAAAAUUAGAGCUCGUACUUCAAAAUAAACAAUCGGCUGCAACAGUUGUCUACUGGAUUUUAGAAAAACUAUACGUAUCUUACCUUUAUAUGACUCUGACACUCUGGGUUCUAAAGGUCAAACGUUCUCGUCCUUGGAAACCAGACAAGGUCACAAACUAACAGGGUGGCUUAUUUUAUUUUAUUGUCUUUAAUGUAAAUGCUGCAAGAGUUUUGUCUUUUUAUCGAAAUUUGUUCACAACAAUAAAAUACCAAAUAUCAAUAAUAAUACAAUAUAGUUUCACAAUGAGCUGAAUGUAAGACAUGGGAGGAGCUCUCUCCUUACAAACACUAUAACAUAUAUCACAUUAAAUGUAACUGUAUGGAUGUAAGUCUUCUGACACCUGAUGUCACUGUUUAUUGAGUUAACAAUACAAUUUAAAGGGAAAGAAAGUGACAAAGCAAUAAUGUGUAACCACCCAGUUGACACCUGGUUCCAGCUGACAUCAUCGUCUAUCAUGAUUGGUUAAACAGACAACUCCAAGUCACAUGGAGACCACUGGUGCACAGUCUACUGUCAGUCACUGGUAAAUCAAACCAGGAAUAACAUAAAAAUGGUUGAAUAGUUACUUCUUUUCAGACAGAGCACUUUGUGUCUUUUUUAAAAAAUGAAUUUUUACUCUUCUUGGUGCCAUGAUGGAGAUAUAUUUAGCAUGCCGCUAAAGCUGGCUUUAUUAAAAAAGAUGGCUUUUAUUCACAGAUGGCAGGAAGUAUAAUGCUAAUGUAAAAUUACUUUUAUUUUCUUUUAUUUCGGAGAUAAGAGCGCUGGCAGUAGAACAUUGUUCCGACGUGUUUACUGUGGUCAUCUUGUCAAAGUUUGAAAAUGAAUGUAAAUGUGUUACCUGUACUUUUAAGACAUUGCCAUGUGACUUUUCACGCUUAUCAUAUGACUUUCUUUCUUUCUUUUUAUUUAUUUAUUUAUUUUAUUAUAGUGGUAAUAGAGUCUCAUACUACACAUGGACAGUGAUUAUUUCAUGUCAGGACAGCGAGUGCCAAUUAAAAAAUACCGUGACAGGUAAACUCAGAACACAUAGUGACCUCGAGGUUUUCUGUUAUCAAGUCAGAUAAAUAUAUUUCCGUUACUACAAUGGUAUAAAGGCGUCUUUUUACCUUAAAGGCCCAGCAAUAACAUAAGAAACCAGAAAACUCACUAGAAAUCAUUCACUGUAGAUUUAAUUUUCCACUUAGUGCAUGAGUUGAUACUGUUAUUGUCAACCCACCUUUCUUGCAAACACAAAUAAUCAUUGUUUUCUACUACAGUGGUUCCCAUCUGAUGGGCAGUACACAGUAGUAGUAAGUAUAUUGAUGCAUUAUCUUUAAAUUAAGUAAAUUAUUUAUGCUUCAUUUUUAAAUGACCCAUGGACCUGUAUUGGUCUGGGCACCGAGGGUUGAGGAACCCUGAGUCAAUGCAGCCUGGACUGCUGCUCCUGUAUAGUACUGUGUGUGGCAGCAGAGGUUUGUCAGGAUAUCACAUCUGAUGCCUCUGUUUUUCAACUUCCUUCUCUAUUUUCCAUGUAUUUCUUUUUCUGCCUUAAAGUGACUUUUUGAUGGUGGACAUCUUAAGGAACGACACCACUAACGAAAGUCUGUUUAUGUGAGACUGAAUGUAGUGAAACAGCCACUUAGUUUGGCCCCUCCUGCAGUUAUCAAACAAUUAUUUUAUCUAUUUUAUUUCCUUUUUUUCACUCCUUUCCACCGAUGUAGUUUCUGUUCUCCAUCUACUGCUUUAACUGCUGCUUUACUUAAAGUGAGCUGAAUGUGGCAUUUUU